CUGAGUGGAGAAGACCUUGGGCAAAACCCAGAGGGGACGGACAUGAGGUGUGAUGGGCUCUUCUCUCCCCACCUGGCAGGUGGCUGACCCAGAAGGGAGCCCGACAGAAGAAGAUUAAUGAGUGGCUGGGAAUCAAAAAUGAGACGGAAGACCAGUAUUCCAUGGUGGAUGAGGAAGAGGACCUGCCCCACCACGAGGAGCGGACGUGGUACGUGGGCAAGAUCAACCGGGGGCGCGCGGAGGAGAUGCUCAGCGGCAAGCGCGACGGCACCUUCCUGAUCCGCGAGAGCAGCCAGAGGGGCUGUUACGCCUGCUCUGUGGUGGUGGACGGGGACACCAAGCACUGCGUCAUCUACAAGACGGUGACGGGCUACGGCUUCGCCGAGCCCUACAACCUGUACGCCUCCCUCAAGGACCUGGUGCUGCACUACAAGCACACGUCUCUGGUCCAGCACAACGACUCCCUCAACGUGACGCUGGCCCACCCCGUGCUGUCGCCGCCGCCUGCCCGCUGAGA